UCACUAUUAUUUCAUUUGUUUUUUGUUUUCGACACUUUUCGAUGAAAAAAUAAAAGUAUUUUUAAGAAAAAAUUGUAAUUUUACGUGCACGGCUAGACUUUAAGAAUUACCGUAAAUAUAUGAACCUAAAAUGAGUGAAAAACUUAAAGAACUAAGAGAGAGAUCCCAAAAGAGGAAGAAGUUGCUUGCGCAAGCGCUCGGUGUAUCUAGUGUGAGUGAGUUAAGGCAUGCGCUAGGAGCAUCCUUGGAUGCGUUUCCAAAGAAACAGGCUGUAGCAGAUUACACUGCGGAAGGGAGUGAAAAGCCUGUCGCCAAGGAACCAGAUAGCCUAGUUUACACCGACUCCUCUACAUUCUUAAAGGGCACACAAUCAUCAAACCCUCAUAAUGAUUAUUGCCAGCACUUUGUUGAUACGGGCCAGAGGCCACAAAACUUCAUCAGGGAUGUGGGGCUCGCGGACCGCUUUGAGGAGUAUCCCAAACUUCGCGAGCUCAUUAAAUUAAAAGAUGACCUAAUAGCAAGAACUGCUACACCACCUAUGUACUUAAGAUGUGAUCUCAAGACGUUUGACCUGAAGCAGAUGGGGUGUAAGUUCGAUGUGGUGCUGGUGGAGCCGCCGUUAGGUGCAGGUUGGCGUUGGCAAGACGUGCUGGCACUUGACCUACAGCAAAUAGCACAGCCAAGGUGUUUCAUCUUCCUGUGGUGCGGCAGCUCUGAAGGUUUAGAUAUGGGCAGAGAAUGUCUAAAGAAAUGGGGUUUUCGUCGUUGCGAAGAUAUCUGCUGGAUAAAGACCAACAUAAAGAAUCCCGGGCACUCAAAGAACUUGGAACACAAUGCUGUUUUCCAACGGACAAAGGAGCACUGCCUCAUGGGUAUCAAGGGUACAGUACGAAGGUCUGUGGACGGAGACUUUAUACACGCUAAUGUUGAUAUCGACCUCAUCAUAUCAGAAGAUCCAGAGUUUGGUAGCACAGAGAAGCCUAUUGAAAUCUUUCAUAUCAUGGAACACUUUUGUUUAGGACGGAGAAGGGUUCAUCUUUUUGGCCGGGACUCAACAAUCCGUCCCGGCUGGGUGACAAUUGGUCACGAGCUAACCAACUCCAACUUCAAUGCGGAACUGUAUGCAGCCAACUUCACAGAGGGCCGUGAGAGCACUGGUUGUACAGAGCGCAUCGAGGCGCUCCGCCCCAAGAGCCCUCCAGCUGCUGGCAAGCCCCGCACCAGGGCCAGGAAUGCCUUCAGAGCUCGUCCACGCGGCAGACCUAAUGUAUAGAACUUAAAGAUCCUAAUUUGAAGAGGAUCUUAAAGAAGUGUUAUUGUAAUUCUGCUCAGUUUUGUGUGUGAAAAAACAUAUUAAUACAUAGCGAAUUAGCGCGAAAGCGUGUGAAUUAACAUAUUUAAUAUCAAAUGUGACAAAGGAUAAUAAGUCUGGCCAAUUUAAAGCAAUGCAAUAGUGAAUGUGACGUGACUAAUAUAUUAUUAACAGUGACAUAGGAUUCAUUAUGACAUAGGAUUACAUCUGUUUUUAUGUAAGUGACAACAGUUUUAAAGGUAAGUGACAUAAUUAGUAAACAGUGACAUAGUUAAAUUACUUUCAACACAAACGACCAU